AACCCUAGCCUUAAGCUAAUAUCACCCGUAUUUGUAAACAGCCCCCAAGCUAGUGUCACUAUGAUGAGUCGAUGCCACUAAACUUGCCACCGGACUUAGUAGAGCAACUAGCCCCGUCCAUUUCUGUCCAGUAAUCAAUCCAGGUGUAGGAGCAAAGCGGUCAUGGGGCAGCCCCACGUAAGACAAAUGGUGAAUGCCCAAGAACCCUUUUCAGCUUACAGGGACAUCUCAACCAUCUUUUGGACAAUGCCCAUUAAAAAUGUGGAUGAUAUGAGGAUGCCCUCAUGUUCUUCCACCUAUUCACAAUAUCUUAUGCAUAAAACCCUAUCUUAGUGAAUCUAGCUGGCAAUUUGGAACAAAAUAUUCAAAAAUAAUGUAAAGUUGGUCACUCAUUAUCACCUUUCAAGGUACUCUAUAUGCAAUAUUUUAUAUCCCUAGACAAUAUACAGUCAUAUAUACAUGUAAAUGUAUUGGUAACAAACAUUACAUGGAUAUCUCAACUCCUCACAGCUGCUUCAAAGCUUUGUUCAACUCUUUGCACUUGCUUUACCUGUAGUCCAUCGGAACUCUACUUCCAGCUCUUCUUAAACCAUCAACUUAAGCUUCUUCUAAAUCAGCUCCUAUAAAUCCCAACAUUCCAUAGCAUCCAAAAACACACUCUUCACAACUCAGUCAUCAAUCAUCAGCAAACUUUCAUAAGAUAAAAAUGGUGACACUGCAAGGAUGUCUCCCUUUCAUCACUUUGUUCCUCAUUUUUCAUUUUUUUCCUGCCAACGCAGCAUUGAAGAAGUAUGACUUCAAUAUACAAGUGAAGAAUGUGAGCAGAUUGUGCAAUGCCAAACCAAUAGUGACAGUGAAUGGGAUGUUCCCAGGGCCUAGCAUUUAUGUUAGAGAAGGAGAUCAAGUCCUUGUAAAUGUUACCAACCAUGCACAAUACAACAUGUCCAUCCAUUGGCAUGACUUGAAACAGUUUCGCAACGGUUGGGCAGAUGGACCGGCAUAUAUAACACAGUGUCCAAUUAAAAACGGCCAUAGCUAUAUUUACAAUUUCACAGUUACGGAUCAAAGAGGAACUUUAUGGUGGCAUGCACACAUCCUGUGGCUAAGAGCAACAGUUUAUGGUGCCAUUGUUAUCAUGCCGAAGGAAGGGACUCCAUUUCCAUUCCCUCAGCCUCACCGGGAAACUAACAUAAUUUUAGGAGAAUGGUGGAAUCAAGAUGUCGAAACAAUUGUUACCCAAGCUAAUAAGUUGGGCUUGCCACCACAACCCUCCAAUGCUCAUACUAUCAAUGGAAAACCAGGACCACUUUUUCCGCGCUCUGAGAAACAUACCUUUGCAAUGGAGGUUGAGUUUGGAAAAACUUAUCUCUUGAGGAUCAUCAAUGCUGCACUUAAUGAUGAGCACUUCUUUGCCAUAGCCGGUCAUAGCAUGACGGUUGUGGAGAUCGAUGCAGUUUACACCAAGCCCUUCACGACCAAAGCUAUACUGAUCGUGCCUGGCCAAACCACAAAUGUUCUCGUCAAAGCUGACCAAUCUCCAAAGCGCUACUUCAUGGCUGCCAGGCCUUUCAUGGAUGCACCAAUUACUGUGGACAACAAACCUGUUACAGCUAUUUUACAAUACGAAGGCAUCCCAAAUUCAGUUCUACCAAUCUUACCCCAAUUACCGGUUUCCAAUGACACCAAGUUUGCAAUGAGCUAUAAUAGCAAGCUCAAAAGUCUCAACAGCCCACGAUUUCCGGCAAAAGUCCCUCUUCAGAUUGACCGCCAUCUUUUUUACACCAUUGGGUUAGGAAUUAACCCAUGCCCGACUUGCCAAAAAGGAACACAAGUAGUAGCUUCAUUAAACAACAUAACAUUUGUGAUGCCUAAGAUUGGGCUUUUACAGGCUCAUUAUUUCGACGUCUCAGGAGUUUUUAGAACUGAUUUCCCAGACAAGCCUCUUGCUCCAUUUAACUACACGGGAGCACCGCUUACAGCUAACCUUGGAACUGAUGGGGACCGGCUCAGUAAGCUGCCUUUCAAUUCUACAGUUGAAUUGGUCUUACAAGACACUAAUCUUCUUGCUGAAUCACACCCCUUUCGUCUUCAUGGGUUCAACUUUUUUGUUGUUGGGAGUGGGAUUGGAAACUUUGAUCCUAAAAAAGACCCGGCUAAAUUCAACUUGGUCGAUCCUCCAGAGAGAAAUACAGUUGGUGUUCCUACUGGAGGUUGGACUGCUAUCAGGUUCAGAGCUGAUAAUCCAGGUGUCUGGUUCAUGCAUUGUCAUCUAGAACUUCAUACAACGUGGGGGCUAAAGAUGGCAUUUGUAGUCAAGAAUGGGAAGUCAGCAGAAGAAUCUGUUCUACCACCUCCGAAAGACCUUCCACCCUGCUAGAUAUUGCAAAUCAAAGAAGAAAGAGCGUGACUCUCUCAGUGAAGCUGAAAGUUUCUCCUUUUCCCCUCAAUUUACCCAAGUCAAAAUUGUAAUCACUUUUCCUGCAAAAACUUGCAGCUGACUGUUUGGGAUGAGAUUUCCAUAAUUGUAAUGCUAAGAUAUUGUUUUGGAGUUUCCAUUAAACUCCGUAAAGAUAAUAAAUAAAUGAACUCCAAGAAGUGCCUCUGAAAUCCUACUCCCGAUAAUAAAGAACAUAUCUGACAAACAUCAAGGAACAAAAUUCUGAAGGUAAGAACAUGAGGGCUUUCUGAAACCAUGUUAAGCAGAGAAUGAGAUAAAAUGUGUGUAUGGUGUUUUGAAGGCAAAGCCUAGAUACAGAUAGAAUAGCGUCUACAAGACGAGACUGUGCAAGUAUAACUAAUAUAGUGAAGCAAAUUACAUCAACAUCUUAAACCAAUUCUAAUUGACUAAAAGUGCAUACCUACAACAUAAAAAGUUCAGCAGUAAACUGAAUAAAUCUCCCUAUUAAAGCCACCCCGUUCAGCGAGUUUAAACUACCCACAAAUGGUAUGCCAGCAUCAGGAAACAUAGGCUAACUUAGUGAUGAGCUCCUGCUCGACGGACCUGUAGAAUAGCAUAAACCUAGCCAGAUACUUGUCUCGCUCUGGAACACACAGCAGGUUACAAAAUUAAUUAAUGCUGCAGCAGAUAUAUUAGCCAAAAAGCCAUAGAACAUUGAAAGAAUCCUACCCAAACCCUAUCUUCAUCCUCCAAAUCUUGACAAAACCAUCCUUUACAAUGAUUGGCUCAUGAUAGUAAAAGAAAUUCAUUUUACUAGUCCUCCAAUGAUCUUUUAACAAAAUCAUAAUUCAGGCUAGUAUGGAGAACAGAAACUUGUAAAUACAAUUGAGG